AUGGCCUCUUUCAAGAAGCUCCUUCUUUUCUUCAUGGCUUUUUAUCUCGCCGCCAGCGCCAGCACCGCCAAGGUCAGCAUCGCCAAGGCCGACUUCUGCGACGACCUCAAGAAGCUUGUCGAUGAUGGCCAUGUGAGCCGCCGCACGUAUGGUCUCAUGGCCGAGGACCAGAUUGCUCGUUACGAGCAUGCCAUCGCCAGACGCGUCCACCCGGAGAACCCCGCUGGCCAGAUUGAGCCGCCCGCCAAUACCAACAAGCCGCCCGCCAGUACCAACAUGCCCGGCAGCUUCGUCGAGGUUCCCUCCAUCAUCGACUUCUUCAAGGGUUCCAAGGGCUUCAACGGUUCCGUGGGCUUCAACAGUUCCAAGUCUGACCCUCCCUUCGCCGGCUACAUGCCUUCUCACUGCGACUGGGCCACUGGCACCAAGGUGGAUGUGAGUCUGAUCCUCUUCCCUUUCGCCUCACCUCACCUCGCUUCAUUUGUUUCCCAACUUUCACGUUAG